AUGACAAGUUAUUCAUAUUUCGAUGUGAUCAAAGCAAACAGCUAUAUCAGCUUUGGUAUUAAAAGACAAAAUCACGGACGCCAAAAGAAGAAUAGAGGAUCUGUCAAUGUAGUUCAGUGUGUGCAGUGUGGAAGAGUGGUUCCCAAGGACAAGGCAAUUUCCAGAUCAAGUAAUCAGCCCAUCAUUGAAGGUGCUUCAAUGGAUGAUUUAAAUGUGGCAACCAUCUAUAAGACACCAGAAAAGUAUUAUCACCUUUUAAACCAGUUUUACAGUUCACACACUAUUGUGUUUGUAUUGGAAAUGCCUCUAAUGAUACUCCUCAAUUUACUUUAUUACCUUUUUGAUCUGUCCACAUGCAAUAGUCAGUGA